GCCACUGGGCGGGAACUUCCGGAUGGGGAGGAGCACUGGGCCGAAGGCGGGGCCGCAAGGAGGAGGAAGCAGGCCUGGCCGGGCGGCGGCUCUUCAGGGCGGACGAUGGACAGCCAGGGCAGGAAGGUGGUGGUGUGCGACAAUGGCACCGGGUUUGUGAAGUGUGGAUAUGCAGGGUCUAACUUUCCAGAACACAUCUUCCCAGCUUUGGUUGGACGACCUAUUAUCAGAUCAACCACCAAAGUGGGAAACAUUGAAAUCAAGGAUCUUAUGGUUGGUGAUGAGGCCAGCGAGUUGCGCUCAAUGUUAGAAGUUAACUACCCAAUGGAGAAUGGCAUAGUACGAAAUUGGGAUGACAUGAAACACCUGUGGGACUAUACAUUUGGACCAGAGAAACUCAACAUAGACACCAGGAACUGCAAAAUUUUACUCACAGAACCUCCCAUGAACCCAACCAAAAACAGAGAGAAGAUUGUAGAGGUAAUGUUUGAAACUUACCAGUUUUCUGGUGUGUAUGUAGCCAUCCAGGCAGUGCUGACUUUGUAUGCUCAAGGUUUGUUAACUGGUGUCGUGGUGGACUCUGGAGAUGGCGUGACUCACAUUUGCCCUGUGUAUGAAGGUUUUUCUCUGCCUCACCUUACUAGGAGGCUGGAUAUUGCUGGGAGGGACAUUACCAGGUAUCUCAUCAAGCUGCUGCUGUUACGAGGCUAUGCCUUCAAUCAUUCUGCUGAUUUUGAGACGGUUCGCAUGAUAAAGGAAAAACUGUGUUAUGUGGGUUACAACAUUGAGCAGGAGCAGAAACUGGCCUUAGAAACCACAGUGUUAGUUGAAUCUUACACACUCCCGGAUGGACGCAUUAUUAAAGUUGGGGGAGAAAGAUUUGAAGCACCAGAAGCUUUAUUCCAGCCUCACUUGAUCAAUGUGGAGGGAGUUGGUGUUGCCGAAUUGCUUUUUAACACAAUCCAGGCAGCUGACAUCGAUACCAGAUCUGAAUUCUACAAGCACAUCGUUCUUUCUGGAGGGUCUACCAUGUAUCCUGGUCUGCCAUCAAGGUUGGAACGAGAACUUAAACAGCUUUACUUAGAACGAGUUCUAAAAGGAGAUGUGGAAAAACUUUCUAAAUUUAAGAUCCGAAUUGAAGACCCGCCCCGCAGGAAGCACAUGGUAUUCCUGGGUGGUGCAGUCCUGGCAGACAUCAUGAAAGACAAAGACAACUUUUGGAUGACCCGACAAGAGUACCAGGAGAAGGGUGUCCGUGUGCUGGAGAAACUUGGAGUGACUGUGCGAUAAACUGCAAGGCCUCCUCCCCUCACACUUCUGAUGCUCUUUUUCUUCUGUCUCUUUCCUUUAUUGCCCAUCUUUGAACUCAUUCAACUCCAGGGCUGAAAAAGGCCUUUCUGUCCCCUGUGACUGGAAAGGUCAAAUUUUAUUUUGGUGUCUUGGGGAAGCUUUUGUUAAGUUUUUGUUAUGUGGGUAAAUCUGGCUGUUUCGCGCAACCACCUCUACAAACAACUGGAGGGCACAGGUCUGUCUGCUACCUUGUUCUUCCAAGUAGGCCUUUAAAUCAUUCCUCUAGGCUUCCUAUUUUUGCUUUAUUGCGCUAAUGCUGCUAGUUUUAGGGUUAGCACAGUAGGUGAUAUGUCUUUAUUAGCAUAAGAAAAAACUUUCACAGGAGCUUUUAGAUAUUACUGGGUGGGGGGUGGUAAGGGAUGGGUGGGCAGCCCUGAACCUUUUAGGGCAUUUUCUCUGUAGUGUUAGCUUUCAACAGUUACUGCUGCCACUUUAAGUACCUUAAAGCUUCUCCUGCUAACAUCUUAGGGAAAUAUUAAGCUCAGAACUAAGGUGUUUGGGGUGGGUUUUUGUGUGAUAGCAAAUGGACGGUCUUUCUGUUGUGAUUUUUGAGGUUUUCUGCUUCUGGGAUGUAAGAUGAACCUCACCUAUAGUACUUCGACUUGGCAGGUUUUCUUCUUUGGGUCUGCCUGGAAUGUUUCCCAUACAGUAGACAAAGUAAGCUUAGUGUUUCAUUACCAUGUGGCUUAGGGAUUUUUUCUUAUUAAAACCAACCCGUCAGCCUGGGACUAGACUCCUAGACUCUGUCAGUCAAAAAGUAAUGUUUAAAAAAAUGCUUUUGUAAUUCAGAUUACAGAUAGGAAAGUGGUUAAGGGCUGGUGUUUUCUAAAUGCAUUCUUUAUCCCAGAAGCAUUGAGAUAACCCCAUGCCAAGUACCAUUCUUCAAAAUUAUACUUUUUUUUAUAACUGGCCAGUUUUAUUUAAUAGAACAACAGAUACAUAUAAAUAUAUAAAUAAUUACUGGCAGUAGGUUGUAGCUGUUGGAUUAAAAAUAACAUUGGGACUUGUUGCCAGUUGGGUUUUUUGUUUUGUUUUUUUGAGACCUAGGAGUAAAAUUUUAGCAAAAAAAUUUUACCAGGAUUUAAAUAAAGUGUUUGUAUUGAAAGCCACUUCUCAGCAAUCUUUUGUGCUAGAAGGAAAAAACGUGAGAAAGGUUAGCAGACCUUCCUGCCUGUGUCAGAAAAUCUUAUUUUUAGAAGUCCUGUUGGUACCGCUUGUUGUCUCAAAAAUACCAAAUAGUGCCCAGAAGUGAGUUCUGUCCAAAGUUGAAAAUGAAAUAAUGAAAGUUAGAUCACAUUAAGUACAAAAUGGUGAUUCUGGGAGAAAUAUUUUCCUUCAUUUAAAACAUUCUUUAUUAAUAAUGGAUUUGAAAGAAACUUUCUUUUUCAUGCUUAAAAUCAGAAAUUUUAGAUUUUUCUUUUUUGGAGAUAACUAUAGUUAGUUUAUAUAAAAUCGGCAGCAAAAGAAGUUAGUUUAAUUACGCAGCUUCUGUUAACAUGGAGGGUUUUUUUUUUUUUUGCCUGUUUUACCUCGAUUUGAAUGAAUAGGAGACAUUUGUGUGCAUGCUGGACAUGCCUUGCUGUACAUGCAUAGCCCACCAGCACUGUCUAGGAAGUUCCAGUGUGAUGUGAGGCUCCCUGAGUCACCUUGGAAUUCUUAAGUGUUCCUAAAUCAUGUCAAAUACCCCAGUCUCAUGAGUCCUGGGCCUCUGGCAGAAUACCCACUGCAUUGUAGACUUUUCCUUGCAGAUGAAUGGAUGUACGCUUGGCCUUUGACCAUGAUUUUAAAUAUGGAGGUAGAAAACAAGCAAGAAUGGGAUGGACUCUUAAAUAAAUCAGUGAAAGAGCAUUUAUCAUUUGUACCUUGAAUGUAGAAUCUGUUUUCAUAAUUCUUCUAGCAAACAUGACUGUUAAAAUUAUGUAUUUAUAUAUGUGAUAAUUUAGAAAUUCCAUUUUAUAGUUUUCCUAUUCUAAAGUGAAAUAAUGCAGUUAAUAAUUUGGGAGUUGAGACAUUGUCCUGCUGGAGGUACCAGGUUUGAGUCCUUCAAAAAUGAAAAAAAUACUGUUUUUUAAAAGAUCUGAUUUUUAGCUCUUGAAACCCAUUGUAGCUUAGGUUUCCAAUGCUAAUUAAAAUUCUUUUAUUUUUAAAUUAAAAUCACCAAUGCCUUGAGGAAUUUCUUAGAAAAUGUGGUAUUGGGUGUUAACUUUUACAGUUCUGAGCACUGUUAGUAUCUGGCAAGUAUUUGAAAGAUCAGUGGAAAGCUAAAUAUUCUGAAUUGACAUACAUAUACUUCUUUUUGAUUAAGAAAAUAAAAUCAGAUUUUUCAAAGUAA